UCCAUUUCUUUCCCGCCCCUCUGCGCCCCCUCCCCUCGUUAAAAACCCUACUUCCAUCUCUCUCUCUUUCCCUCUCUCUCUCUCAAGUCUCCAACCUGAUCUCAUCAGCUCUCUCUGAAUACUCGAAUCUCUCCUCUCUCGCUUUUUGCCAUGAACCGGAGGGUCAGAGCGUCUACCAAAUGCUCCUUAUCCCCAAGCCGGUCCGAGCCAUUCCACAAGUAUCUUAAACCAGGCAUGCUCGCCCAAAUCCGUGACUUGCGAAUCAGCGCUCGGACUCACCGAGUCAGGUUGCUAUACUCGAUCUCCUCCUCUUCCCAGAUCUCUAUCCACCGCUCGACCCCGCCUUCAUCUCCACCUUCGAGCAACGGCAGUCAACAACUCCCGGUUAGUGUGGGCGACGGCAUCCCUUGCUUUGCCAGCAGGAUCUACGGUCCGCGUUGCCCGCAGAGGAAGAAGCUCGUGGCAGCCAAGUCUGUCUUGUUCCUGAACCCUAGCCCGGUCCCGGACGCGCCCGAUCCGGUCGUCGACGCUUUCAGUAAUGAUAUUCUCGUCGCUCAUUGAAAUGAAGUAGUUUUAGCUCACUCUGUGGAGGUUACUGAGGAGUUUUCAUCUUGUAGAGCGAUUUUUAUUUGUAGUUGGUUGUACUUUGAUCAUUUAUGUGAAAAAGGAAAAAAUAUUUCUUAGACAGAACUGAAAAAUGAUAAUAAAUUCAUCCAAAACUUCCAAUUUUAGAUCUA